AUGACGCGGUUGCCUUGUCGCAUUCCUGGAUGCAAACAGGUCUUCAAGAAUAAAUCGGGUCAAACCAAGCAUGUACGCUCAGCACACCCAAAGCCAUUGCGCAAUCACCCAAUUUUCCAUCAAGAAGCUCCCAGGUCUCGCUCUCCAAGUCCUGAGAAUCCCGCCUUCGAUAAUCGGCCUCCAAGUCCCAGGCAUGACGACUUUGAGGAUGUGGGAGGUGGUCUGGAAAACGAUGCCUUUAUGCCAGCACAGGGUGUACAGUUGGGGCCGCUAUUCCGAACAUUCCAUCCUCAUCUCACAGGACGCAAGUGCGAUGUUCAUGGCAACUUCAUUGACCAAAAUGUGCCCCCACCACCCCGAACCGAAGCAUCACCCACUGACUGGACCCCUUAUGAAAGUUGUGUUGCGUUUGAGGCAGCGGAAUUCCUCUAUACACGCAAUCAAAUGUCCGCAGGUCAGAUCGACACCCUGCUUGACCUCUGGGCGGCGACACUUAUCAAACAUCAGGACAGUCCUCCAUUCACUGGCCACCGGGACCUAUAUGAAACCAUUGAUUCGACUCCUCUUGGCGAUGUUACUUGGGAGACUUUCUCAAUGUCCUACAACGGAGAAAAACUGGCCGAUAAUGUGCCGCCAUGGAUGGCUGCCAAGUACGACGUGUGGUUCCGUGAUCCACGUCUACUUGUUCACCACAUGCUUUCGAACCCUGACUUCGCCACGGAAAUCGAAUAUGUCCCAUAUCGGGACUAUACUGACGAGGAUAAACGCUGUUAUAAGAACUUUUUCUCAGGUGAUUGGGCUUGGAAGCAAGCCGACAUUAUCGCGGAGGAUCCGGAAACCCACGGAUCAGCGUUUGUGCCUCUGAUUGUUGGGAGCGACAAGACUACGGUCUCAGUGGCCACAGGACACACUGAGUACCAUCCGCUCUAUCUCUCAAUCGGAAACAUUUUCAAUGGAGUUCGACGCGCACAUCGCAAUGGCGUGGUGCUGGUAGGCUUCUUGGCUAUUCCGAAAAGCACAAAGGAACAUCUUGAAGACAAAGACUUUCGCAAUUUCCGCCGUCAAAUGUUUCACUCUUCACUCGCCAAGAUAUUUGAUUCCGUGAAGCCAAAUAUGACAAUCCCCGACGUUGUGCGCUGUCCUGACAGCCAUUAUCAGCGUGUCAUAUAUGGGUUAGGCCCGUACAUCGCCGAUUAUCCAGAGCAGCUGGUGCUUUCAGGAGUUGUUCAGAAUUGGUGUCCGAAGUGUUUGAAUCAUCGCAGGAAUCUCGAAGGCGACAGGCCAUCUUUGCUCCGGUGCAGAGAACACACCGACCUCCUCGUUCAAGAGCUCGAGCAUGCCAACCUCUGGUACGACUAUGGUAUCAUCCAAGAGGUUGUGCCUUUCACAAAUGACUUUCCUCGAGCGGAUAUCCACGAACUACUCUCGCCGGACCUCCUGCACCAAAUCGUCAAAGGGACGUUCAAGGAUCACCUUGUCGACUGGGUGGAGGAUUACCUGUUGCUCACACACAGGGCUUCACGCGCAGCAGAGAUCAUGGAUGACAUUGAUCGAAGGAUAGCGGCGGUCGCCCCUUUUGCCAGUUUACGGCGCUUUCCAGAAGGGCGCGGUUUCAAGCAGUGGACAGGUGAUGAUUCCAAGGCUCUGAUGAAGGUCUAUCUGCCUGCCAUCAAAGGUCACGUUCCUCGAGACGUAGUUCGCGCAUUUAGCGCAUUCCUCGACUUCUGCUAUAUCGUCCGGCGAGACACGAUCACAGAGGACGACCUCAUCCAGCUUCAAGAUGCGCUCGAUCGGUUUCACCAGUACCGCGAAAUAUUCAAGACAACGGGAGUUGUACUGGGCUUCUCAUUUCCGCGUCAACACUCCCUAAACCACUAUUCCCUCAUGAUCCGGCUCUAUGGCGCCCCGAACGGCCUUUGUUCAUCAAUAAUGGAGUCGAAGCACAUCAAGGCUGUUAAGGAGCCCUGGCGUCGCUCCAACAGAUACAAAGCAUUGGGCCAGAUGCUCCUCACAAAUCAACGCCUCGAUAAAAUCGCUGCAGCACGAAGCGACUUUGACGCUCGUGGUAUGCUUCGAGGCUCAUGUAAUCACGAGUCACUGGAUGACUACAACGAUGGUGACAACGACAACGACAACGAAAACGACAACGCACCCCAAGCACGUCCGAACCGUCUGCGUGUCAAUGAACCGCAAAACCAGACUGCUGAGGGAGAUGCAGCCGAUGUCAUCGAUGGACCUACCGUCCAAGCUCACGUGGAACUUGCAGCCACGCCCGUGUUGGGUGGUGCACGCGAUGUCUCUGCACUCGCGCGUGACCUCGAGCUUCCAAACUUCCCUACAAUGAUCCAACAAUUCCUCCACGACCAACUUCAUAUCGCGGACCACGAGCCCCCUGAGUUUGACCCCGCGACAGCACCAGCUUUUAUGGGCAGGGUUUCGGUUUUUAGCUCAGCGGCAGCAUCAUUCUAUGCCCCCAGUGAUCUCAGUGGCACUGGGGGCAUGCGGCGCGAGCAUAUUCGGGCAACGACUUCAUGGCGAGGGGGUCCCGCUCGAAAUGACUGCAUCUUUGUCAGUAUGAACGACGAGGUCAACUGUGGCUUGGAUGGACUCGCCAUUGCGAGAGUAUUGCGCUUUCUCGGUUUCAAAUACCAGACAAAAUACUUGCGAUGUGCGGUUGUUCACUGGUUCGUGUACAUCACAGACAGUCGGGAUCCUGACACUGGAAUGUACCUCGUCGCACCAUCAAGCCAUGAUGAUGGCACACCGGACAUUUCAAUCAUCCAUAUUGAUUGUAUUUUCCGCGCAGCUCAUCUUAUCCCUCUCUAUGGUGCCAAUUUCCUGCCUCGUGAAAUUGGCCCUCAUGACAGCUACAACGUGUUUCGUGCCUUCUACGUCAACAAGUAUGCUGACCAUCAUGCAUUUGAAGUAGCGUGA